AGUACCCUUCAACACAGAAAACAGUUCUCGGCUGCUGUUAGUCUACUAACAAACAGCUCGCAUAUAAUAAACAGGAAUAGACAGGUCUUAACAUUAUAUAUGUGCGUCAUCACAUAAACGCCGAGAAAUGCAGCAGUAUGAGAUGUUACGUAUUGUAAUUCAUAAAAGUAAAUGUUACCGAAUAUCUGUGGGUGAAAAUUCUGUUUUUAGAUUUUAUUUAAGGGUCUCAAAGUACAUAAGAUACACCUAAAAAUUGUCAUGUCACAAAUCCUG